UGCUGAGGUCAUGUCACUGGGAUACCUGUCACAUAUAAGUGAUUAAUGCAUUGUAACUAUUUAGAUGAUUAUUAUUCCUAGGAUUUUCAAUCUAUAAUAUGAAGAUCAGCUGUUCUAAUUGACGAACAGGGAAGACUUGACCCUUCAGCUCCUGAUACCCAUAGGUUGUAACCCAGGCAAUUUAGCUUGCAGACAAAAGAUGCUAAACACGCUUAGACACCUGGAUAGCACAUGCACGGAGAGGGGUUCCUUUACUCUUUGUGCCAUGAUGUACAAAGUCAGGCCAAGGCUGAGGAUGGACUAAAUAGGCCUGAAGAAUGGUUUUAGGAAGAAUGCAGGGGGGAGACUGUGGCCAUAAUUUUUACCCACUCUACCCUCACUUCUUACUAGAGAUGCCCAAGGUUUUUGAGAAAGCUGUUGGCUGCUAAACCAAUCUCUUCUCUUUCUUUUUCUUCUGUUCACUAUUUUCCCCUGCCCCCUGCCCCCUGACUCCUGCCCCUGUCUCCCUUUCAUUUCUCCUCUCCUUUCUCUCCUCUAUUCUUUUCCUCCCAACUUCCUCAUUUCAGGCCUUGGCUCUCACCCUGGCUGCACAUAGGAAUUGCCUGAAGGAGGUUUUCAAAACUAUCCACAUAGGGGCCUGUCCCACAGAGAUUCUGUGACCCCACUGCACACAAUCAUAAUCUAAAUUUGUAACUGAGUAUGUACUUUUCUGAGAACUCUAUCUGGCCCUCAGAAAGUAAUGUGUGGGAGCUGUGUUUCUAGCCCCUCUUGGCCAUUGUACAUCAUGGUUUCUUGUACACACACACACACACACACACACACACACACACACACACACACACACAGAAGCUUUCUUACCUCUCUGAGCUUUGGCUUCCUCACCAUCCUACAGGAAUGGUUUCCUCUGGUGUUUGUGAGGAUGCAGUGACUCACCCACUGCAUCGUGUAUAAGAGUUUGUUUUACAAAAGCCCAGCCCCCUCUCCACAAGAGAGGGCCUGCGAUUACAAGGUUAAGAAGGGUGUGGGUGGGGAGGCAACAGAGGCAGCAGGGAGCAGCAUUACACAUGGAGAAAAGGCCAUGCACGUUAACAAUGCAGCUCGCAAAUGAGAGCAAAUUAAUACUGGGCCCAGGGAGAACAGAACAUUCACACAACGGGGGCAAAGCACCUAUUGGAGCUGCUAGGCCUUGACAAGGAGAAGGAAAUAGGAUCUCAGAGGGAGGAAGGAGAGGGGCCCAGUGAGGGGGAUUUCCAGUGCCAUGGAGCUUAUCUGGCUGGAAGCAGAGGGAAAGGUGUCAGCUACCAAGGAGGGAAGGAUAGGAGGAAAUGAGAAAAAGACAGGAGGGAAAGAUACGUGCCUGGAGCUGGAGAGAAAUGGGAACAUCUGGCCUGGGGAAGGCAGCAGGGUAGCAAGGAAGUCAUAUCCUUCCAAUGUCAACAUGGUUGACCUCAUCCUCUAGCAACUGGACUCAGGUCACCAAGCAGAGGGUCACCAAGGCAGGAGCUGCAAACUACAUAACCAGUUCCCUCCUCCCACCACAUACAUAUCCUUUCUCACCAUUGUGUAAAACAAUCAGAGUCCACUGGACUCAGAGGCAAUCAAGCAUCCCUCAGUUCACAGAAGCCCCAAACCCAUCUUCAGAAGGAAGAAAAUUGGAAAGUGAGGUCCAGUGAAGUAGAGUGGAAUCCUAGAUCAUGGCAACGUUAAAACAAACUUCUUGCAUGGCCUCCAUUUCAGAGGGCACUGACCCAUCCAAGAGAGCAGCUCCAAGAAUCUGAAUGUGACGUUGGGUCAGAAGCCAAUCUGCAGUGGCAGGAAAGAAAUGAGGCCCUCAGAGGCCCUGGGGGGAGCAGUUGUUCACCAGUCCCUAAGUAAGAAAUGUAAGAUCUUAAUAGGCCAGAUGGUGUUAUUUGUUUUUUCUGGAGAAAUUCAGCUGAUCCACCAUCAGUGGAACCAGUCUUGAGGGCUCAGGACAAUGGUUCUCAACAUGUGGUUCCAGACCCCUUUGAGAAUCAAAUAAACCCUUUCACAGGGGUAGCCUAAGACCAUCAGAAACACACACAGAUAUUAACAUUGGGAUUUGUAACAGUAGAAAAUUACAGUUAGGCAGUAGCAAUGAAAAUAAUUUUAUGGUUGAGGUCACCACAACAUGAGGAACUCUAUUAAAGGGUCAUAGCAUUAGGAAAGUUAAGAACCACUCACUGGUCUAGGGGAUACUCAAGCAGAUAGCUACCUCUGGAAACCAUAGGAGUCCUGUUUUCUCACUUUGCUCCCAUAGCAAAGGGUGCAUUAGAUACUGCAUAUACUGUUGAGUAGCAGUAUCAGGUCCAUGUCCAGAGUGCUAACUCUUUGUCUAACUCUUCUGCACACAUAAUGCUAAUAUACCUGUGCCCUGUUAUCAGAACCUAACCUUUGAAGAACAGCAGUUCCAGUCUCAGAGACUUUAAAGUCUGUUGAUCUAACAAGAAGGAACCACAGAAUCAGUGAAUACAGCAUUCUCAUUCGAUGUGUGGGGAAAUUGAGGCUGGGAAGGCAUGAGGCCACAUAGGUUUAAUAACUGCAGGAGCUGAAGUGAACAGCAAUCUGUCCCUGCUCUCAGUCCAGGGUGUUUUCUCUUUCCUUAUUUGCUAUUAUCCCAAGUCUUCAUUAUAUUUGAGAGAAAAAUGCCAGAAUAUCUUGAGGGCCAGUCUUACACAUAGGUAAACAUCAUGUGAUCAAAUGUGUCUCCACAAAUGCCUGUCACUGUGCCUGAAAUUUUACCAUCAUGAUUCAUUCCUUUGGAGCUUUGGGCUUUCUGCCCUUUAGGGGUAGGUAUAAACAAGGGAGUCGGGGAGGUCUAUUGACAACCAAGAGACCAACCGGCAUUGUAAAUUAGAGCCAAGCUUUAUGUUUGAAGAGAGCAGCAGCAGCUGGUCUAGAGGACAUGAUAUAGACCAGGCAGAGAAGGAGAAAAACUCAGGGCAAGGAUCUGAAUCAGGAUUAGACCACCCCUGUGGGACAAAGAAAGAGGAUAUGAUUAUGAAUGUACCCAAAGCUACCAUCAAGUCACAAGCGUGGACACUCAAGAAGCUUUUCAGCCAGAAAACUAUACUAUGACCCAGGAAGCCGGAAUGUCUGCUGGGUGGUCCAUGCUAGGGAGGAUGUGAGAGUGAAGGAUAACAUCAGGCUGUCUGGAGUGGCGGCAGGGCACUUUAUUAAGAGAAGCAGUCUGGGUGAGAUGGAUGUGACAAGGGAAUCUCUGAGGACAUCAAGAAGAGCCCCAGCCACAAGAGGGAUGGGCUCUAUGGCUGGCAAGCAAGGCUGGGUGUGGGAUGUGUCUUUUCUGUGUCUUCUCUAGGGACCUACUUGCUGCAGGUGCCCUGGCCCAAGGCCAAAGUGCUUCUCUUCCUCCCUUUGGCUUUCUUUCUGGUUCUUCUAGAGCUGUUCAUGGCAGCUCGGAGCUUAGCUCUGCUUCCUAGGUCCCUCAGACUUUCCUUAGUCUCUAUCAGCUCUGACGCUCUUAGAGCCACUCUUGACAACAAAACGAUCUGACUGAAAGUGAUCCUGGAAGGGGGAAAGCUAUGAGAUUUGUCUAGAAACUGCCCAUCAGGAGCCUGUGUUUCCUUAGAGUGUUUCCCUCGGGUAGCUGAGGGUAAAGGUAAGUGCUCUGGAACUUUGGAAAACUGUCUUGAAGAUACAGUUACAUAGCAAGCAUACUACAGUCAUUCUCUUGUACCCUUGGGUUCUAUGUUCUCAGAUUUAACCAGCUGUAAAUCAAAAUAUUCUGUGGAAUAUAAUUAUCUCGCUUCUUUUCCAAAAAAAGAAAUUCUGAGGAGAAUUGUGUUUGUGUUGAAUUUUAUUCCUUGUCAUUAGUCACUAACCAAUGUGGUCUGACAAGUACUUACAUAACUUUUACAUUGUAUUAGAUUUUUUAAAUAAUCUAGAGAUAAUUUAAAGUAUACAAGAGAAUUGCAUAGAAUAUAAGCACACACUGGCUGUUUUAAAUAAGGGGGAGGAGCAUCCUUAUAUUUUGGUAUCUGCCUGGGAUCCUGAAACCUUCUCUGUGGAUACCAAGAGACAACUGUGUUGUAGAUUGUAAAGAUAGUUGGGGUGGUCCGUGGGAUGCCUAAACAAGCCAAAGACUCUCCCGAGGUUUCUACUAGUUCUGCUGCCCAUCUCAGCAACUUGGGUAGAACCCCAGCUAUCAGCACAAGGAAGCCUUUCCCCUCUUGACCACACUCUGCUGUUUGAGGAUCUGUGUUUUCUGAAGGGAAGUGUCAUGGGGGCCCCAAGAGGUUUUGACCCAGACACCUGCAAUACUGGGAUUGGAUAAUCUCUCGAGAGGAGGAGGCUGCUUUAGAGACCCAGAGCCCAGACAGUUCUGCUUGUUCCAUUCAAGUCCUUGAAACAAUCUCUUCAGCUUAAUGCUAAGCCAUCACUAACCAGUGUGUCAUAGGCACCACUGAGGGAGAAUGCUAUUUCACAGAGCAGGGCCUGCUUAGGUGCAGGCUCAGUAGUUCUGGCAAGAUGAAAUUAAGUGCAAUCAAUCUAGGAGAGUCAGCCAGGAUUUCUUUUCUGCUUUACCUCCCAGUAGCCCCCUCCCACCUCGGAGACAGACUAAUCCCUGACAUUUGUCUAGUGACUUUAUACUUGUCAAAGCUCCUCACAUCCAUUACCUCCCUCCAGCAUCACAAACACCCCCAGAAAGUAGGACUGGAAGGCGUUAUCAUCCCUGUUUGACCAACAAGAAAACUGAAGUACCAAAGGACACAUGACUCAUUCAGGGUCACAUAGCCGUUUAGUCAAAGAACAGGGCUUUAAACGUUUUCUAACUUCCAGUCUUGUGAUCUUUCUGCUUUGCAAGACAGACUCUCCUACAGGACUGUGGAAGUAUGUACUCCUACCACAGUACCCAACACACAUAGAUGCUAAUAAACAUUUGCUGCAAGGAAGGAAGAAACAAGCUCUACAAUGAUGCUUUUAAUUGUUGUUGUUUUGAAAAAUGGCCUCACCAUGUCGCCCAGGCUGCUCUUGAAUUCCUGGGCUCAAGUGAUCUUCUGUACUCAGCUUCGCAGAUGUCAGAGAUUAUAGAUAAGGCCAACCACACAUAGCUCUUCUGAUCUUUUUAAGUAAUUAAAAUAGGACACGAGUGCUAUGCUAUUUGAUCAUUUUGGCCAGGAAGGAAGGACUAUGAGAUCUUUCCCAAUUCACAGAUGUCAAUGCCAAAGAAAGGCUAGGGUGACAGCCACAGAGAAGCCAAUGGGACUUGAUUUCCUAACAAAGCUGCCUUCCACUCAUCCUUCAGAGGAAUUGAUCCCAUGGGUCUUUAAAGCAUUAGCAGAGAGGAGUCAGCAUCAGCCCCACUACCAGAAGAUCCUCCUCAAGUUGUCUCUACAAGCUUUUCUCUGGUCCCCCACCAGUGACUCUCUGAAGUUUUGCUGUUGAGAGUUACUUGAGAACACUGCUCUCUCAUUUAGGACCUGAGCAUUCCCCUCCCCUUGAAGAACUCCAAGCAUAACAACCCAGGCUUCAGAGACUCUGAACUUGUCUCAGAGAGGACAAACUGAAUCCAAACAUCCUCCUCCUCCCUUUUCUAUUUCCCCUGGAGCCUAGCACAUAGUAGGUACCUAUCAAAUAUUAAGAAAUGAGCUGUCUCUGCUAAAGAAGAAUGUCUGGAGUUGCAAUUUUUUAAGUCCAGUUAGAAAAAUGGGGAAAGGAGAGAUAGAGACGCUGGUUUUCAGAUGCCACUUUGCAGUAAUACAAGCAGCAUCUGUGCCGGGUACCCCCCAAUUUAAGUUCCUCAUGGUUUCUUUCUUGAGCCCACCAGUUCUCUCCUGCAUCUCCAGGGGGAUUUGUGUGGCUUUCCCAGAGCCUUGGUUUUGUUUUCUGUACAAUGGAAAGGGCGCUGGAUGAGAAAACGCAUGCAAAGCACAGUGUCCGGCUCUUAGCAAGUGCUCAGCCAAGCGGCAGCUGGAUUAUCCAUUCUCCUCUGUUCCCAGAGGGAGGGGUCCCCCAGGGACACCACACUGCUCACGAGGUCCAGAAUCCAGGUGCAAAAGAGGGGCUGUUUCUCAGCUCUCUGCUUAGUCCAUCACCUCAGCCUCAGCUCUGGGGCCGAGCCAGUCGCCUCGUUCUUUAAGAUUCUGGUCACAGCAGGGGCUGGGUUUCUAAGGCAGGCGUGAUCUUUCUCUUCCUACAGACGCCGCUGCCGCCAGUGUCUGCGCUGGGCACAGGCAGGGGCAGUGCGCGGGAGAGGCGGCGGGAGGGUUCCCGGCUCAGCAACCACGCAGACCCGGCCUGGAAAGGGUCCCCGACAUCAUGUGAUGCAGGAAGAGAGCGCAAAUGAUAUGGAAUGUGUGCAGCUGCCAGCAAAGACACUGCGACAAGUGACCAUUCACCGAGACCCUAUAAAUGGCUUUGGCUUCGUGGCUGGCAGUGAGAGGCCUGUGGUGGUUCGAUCUGUGAGGCCAGGAGGCCCCUCUGAGGACAAGCUCCUGGCUGGUGACCAGAUUGUGGCUAUUAAUGAGGAGGACGUGAGUGAAGCCCCCAGGGAGAGGUUCAUAGAACUCAUCAGGAGUGCUAAGGAAUCCAUCGUUCUUACAGUUCUGCACACUCAUCAGUCCCCUAAAUCUGCCUUCAUCAGUGCUGCAAAGAAGGCCAAGCUGAGGUCCAAUCCUGUGAAGGUCCGAUUCUCUGAGCAGGUGGCAAUUGGAGAAACAGAUGCAAAAAUGAUGAAGAAGGAAGCUCUCCUCCUCAUCCCCAAUGUCCUGAAGGUUUUCCUAGAAAAUGGGCAGAUCAAGUCAUUCACAUUUGAUGGCCGGACCACUGUUAAGGAUGUGAUGGCGACUCUGCAGGACCGUCUCUCCCUGAGGUACAUUGAGCAUUUUGCUCUUGUGCUUGAGUAUACCGGGCCAGAACAGAACCACAAGUUCCUGAUUCUCCAGGACAAGCAGCCCCUGGCUUAUGUCGUGCAGCGGACACACUACCAUGGAAUGAAAUGCCUCUUCCGAAUAAGCUUCUUUCCCAAGGACCCAGUGGAGCUGCUACGUCGGGAUCCUGCUGCUUUCGAGUACCUAUACAUCCAGAGUCGUAAUGAUGUUAUCCGAGAACGCUUUGGAAUGGACCCUAAGCCAGAGAUGCUUUUGGGUCUUGCUGCCCUUCACAUCUAUAUCACUGUCUCAGCCACUCGGCCUAGUCAGAAGAUCACACUCAAGAAUGUGGAGAAGGAGUGGGGCUUGGAACCCUUUCUUCCCCCCUCCCUCCUGCAGGGCAUCAAAGAGAAGAACCUUCGGAAGUCUCUCUCUCAACAGCUGAAGGCCCACCAAAUGCAUCCUUCUAGCAGCACCAAGGGCUCCGCAAUUCAAGCAAAGCUCCAGUACCUUCGAAUUCUGAAUGAACUUCCGACCUUCACUGGUGUUUUAUUCAACACUGUAGGCCUGGACGAGAAGCAGUCAGCCACCACUCUGCUGGUGGGACCCCGUCACGGCAUCAGCCAUGUUAUUGACCUCAAAACCAACCUCACCACUGUGCUGUCCGAGUUCAGCAAGAUCAGCAAGAUCCAGCUGUUCCGGGAGAACCAGGGAGUGGCCCGUGUGGAGACCAGCAUCAUGGAUGCCAAGCCUCUGGUGCUGUUGAUGGAGUGGCCUGAAGCCACCAACUUUGCCUGCCUGAUUGCGGGGUACUGCCGCCUUCUGCUGGAUUCCAGGAAGAUGAUCUUCUCCAGGCCUGCCAGCCAGCCUCUUCCACCUCCAAUGAUAAAGGCAGAUCACAUGCACAGUGCCCACCGCCCUGUCACUGGGGGCCACCUGGGGAAAAAGGAGAGUAGUUAUGUGGGCAGCAUGGGCACCAGCCCUAGGAAGUCGAGCCGAUGCACGACCCCACCUGCCGACUCUGAGCUUGUCAGCUUCUGCUACCUCCACAUGCGGGAACAAAGGAAGGAGCAAGAAAGCAGGACAGAUGUCAAUGAGAACCUAAUCUUCUUUGAAGAAACCAGGCCCCGGACCAAAUCUGACCCCACAUCCAAAAGCUCUGGCCAAGGUUACGAGGUGAUUCCUGAUGACUUUGAUGCAACCAGCCUAGACCAUGAGCCUUGUGCCAGCAGGGCCAGGUCUUAUACUUUGGACAAUUCCCUUGGGGCAGAAGCCCUGAAUUUCUACUGUGACUCUUGCAAAGUCAAACUCCAGGAGCAGAUGGGGCCUCGCAAAGGUGGGAGGCCUGGUUCCUCUAGGGACAACAUGGUAGACUUAAUGUCCCUCCCACCACCAGGAAGUGAGGAAGAGGAGGAAGAGGAAGAUGAGACAACUUCUCUGUUGCCUGCCAUCGCUGCCCCACCCCCUGGUUUCCGAGACAACAGCUCUGAUGAGGAUGAUCCCAAGCGCAGAGCUGUUCAAAGUCAGGAGCAAGGACGUCACCUGCGUGGACUUCUGUAUGAUGAGAUUCCUGUAACACUGAUUGACAGUGUACAGACUCGGACAGUACGCGAUCAUGCCCAGGAGCUGGAUGAUGCUCUCGUGUCUACUCUGCAGGCUCUGGAGGCCCUGGCUGCUUCAGAGGAUGGACCCCAUCCCCCACCCCCACAGACUGCAGGUCUGAUUGUGCUGGCCACAAUCACUCCUGAGUCAUCACUGGACUCGGGCCAUGAAACCAACUCGUCAGAGCUCACAGAUAUGUCCGAGAUGAUGUCGGCCAUGAAGCAGCACCAAAACACCACCUACUUCCUGGCCCAGCACCUCAACAAGGACAGCCUCCUGGCCCGAAAGGACCUGCCCUUCAGGAUCCAGGGCUGUGCAGCUCAGGCUGUUCUCACUGCUCCGUAUGCUCUCGGGCCCCCAGAUCCCAACCCAUCCCUCCAGCCAGCUGUCACUGGCCAGAGUCCUGCCCCUGCUGGCGCUCGCAGAAAGAUACCUCAGUCAGAAGCCCAGGUGCAGGGAGACAGAACAUACUCCUUGGCAGUGCACCCAGCGCUGUCCCCACAGCUUAGUGAGCAGAAAAAUCUGAGCCUGCUUCCUCCAGUUCCUGAGGACAGAGGGCCAGGCCACAGUAGGGCUGGCCUAGAGAUGUCACUGAGGUCAGCCACACCAUCCCUCAGUGAAGAGCAGGUCUCAGAGCUUAGGGAAAACCUGCCCAAGGAAGUCAGGUUGAGCCCUAAGCUUAUCCUGGACCCAAAAGGCAGUGUGACCCCAGCUAUAAUCUCAGCUGCCCUACAGCAGGUGGUACACAGUAAAAGUCUAGCCACUCCUGGCACAGCCUUGGCAACACCCUCCAAUAGGGGGGAGAGAAGGCUAGAGGCUAGCAUGGUGAGGCCUGAGGUCACCAUGGGCAGGCCAGAAGUUAGCAGCAGUGCCAGCAAAAAUCUGAAGUUUAAAAUGAGCCCUGGUGCUCUGGAGACCACACGAAAUUCUCAGCAGCAGCUGGGCCCAGAGGUCUCUGCCAGCCCCAGAGCAUCUACAGGCAGCAGGGGUGAUAACCUCCACCUUUCCCUACAAGAGGACAGGUUUCCUGUUCAAAGUUUCCCUCCUAAGAGCUAUCUAUCCAGAAUGAGUCGAGACUCCAUGGGCAAGCAAGCUACUGGAGAUGUGGCAGGCAAGGGUGGGCCAGAGGGUGCUAAGCCUCCCCCAAACAAGCAGAGCACAGUCUCUGGCCAGGGGGAGAAAGGGCAGCUGGAGAGCAUAUCUAAAAGCAGCAAGCUUGAAGAAGCCAGCCUGCUUCCCCGAGCUGGCUAUCCCAUGGCUCUGCAGAGCCCAAGCUGCCAGUCCCGAAGCCACAGCCCUAGCUGCCAGCCCCGUGGGCCGAGCCCCAGCAGCCAGUCCAGAGGCCAGAGCCCCAGCUGCCAACCUAGAAGCCAGAGCCCACUCAGGCCUCUGGCCACCAGCCGGCAGGUUAGCACCAUGCCCUCGAGAAAGCUUGAAACGACCCUGGAUGGAGCCCACUCGGCCUCUGAAGGCCCCACAAAGCCCAAGUCAUCCCGAGGUCCUUUCAGACUACGCAACUUAUUUUCUGCCACCUUCCCUACCCGCCAGAAGAAAGAGACAGAUGAGCGACAGGCUCAGCUGCAGAAGGUAAAGCAGUAUGAAUUGGAGUUCCUUGAGGAACUUCUAAAGCCACCAAGCCAGGGGGAACUCCCAGGCACAGAGUACCUGCAACCUCCAGCACCUGGCCGCUGCAGCUGCCAGCUACGCAGUAGCCCCGUGCAGCAGGGACCAGGGAUGUCUCGCGAACAGAGACGCAGCUGUGACUGCAAGCGUAUCUGCCGAGGGGGACGGCCACAGGCUGCCCAGACCCCUGCACCUGGCCUCCGGGAGAGGGAGAGGGUCGCCCCUACCCAGAGGCAGCCAGAGGCUGGCCCAGGCUUGAGCCUUAAUAGUCCCAUCAACAUCCAACGCAUCCGCUCCACCAGUCUGGAGUCCCGUGAGUGCCGGUCAGACCCUGAAAGUGGGGUUUCGUGCCUGAGCACGUGUGCCUCAGGGGGUGAAUGUUUGGGAGAUCCCAACUACAGGAAACUGAUGCGCCACUACAGUAUCAGUGAGCUGGACCAGGGUGACACGGUGUCGCUGACCUCUGAUGUCUACCCACACCCACCCCUGGGAAUGCUGCCUAGAGAGGUCAAGGAGAUAGAGUCAGGCCUCCCACUAGGUUUGGGUCCAAAAGCCAAGUGUGCAGAGUCACCAACUCUAGGAGAGCCCUCCUACGUCCAAGUAGCCCCUGAGAGCAAAGGCCCCAGACAAAUGGCUGUGUUUUCACUCCCAGAGGAGGUGUACCGGAGGCCAGCUGAUCUGGAUGAGGACAGUGAAAGUAGCAAGUGCUGUUCCAUCCGCUACUGCUUCUACUACCGCAAGUGCGACAUGGCAGAUGAUGCCAGCGAUGGCAAAGAUGAGCUCUCCUACUCCAUCCCCAUGAAGAUCCUGCCUGGCAUGAAGUUGGAUGAGCAGGUGGUGCCUGUAGUGAGCAGAACCCUGCAGGUACUGGAUGCUGCCACCUGCAGCAGCAGCCCUGAGGCCCCUCACACCCAGGAGAUCGACCUUCGGGUAUCCACCUUUGAGGGGAGCCUGGCUAAGAUCAAUGCCCUGCGGGCCCAUGCCUACGGCCUCCCUGAUGGCUUCCUGGCUGCCCGUCUGGAUACCAAUGAGCUGCUAACAGUCUUGCGGCAGUGUGUGGCCAGCCCCGAGGCUCGUGCUCCCAAGCCCUAUGUCUCUCAGAUUUCCGAGUACAAGCUAGAGCUAGCUCUCAAGUUCAAGGAGCUCCGGGCCUCCUGCCGCCGGGUAGCCAAUGUGGACAAGAGUCCGACUCAUAUGCUGGCAGCCAUUACAGGCAGCUUCCAGGUGCUGAGCAGCCUCAUUGAGACCUUUGUGCGGCUAGUGUUCAUCGUGCGCUCUGAGGCCCAGCGCCAGGAGCUGCUGGCCAAAGUAGAAGAGGUAGUGAGGAAUUACACCUUCCUGCUGCGUGCCGCUGAAGAGUCCACAGCCCGGAACCUUAACCAGCAGCAGCAACAGCAGCAGCAGCAACAACAGCAGCAACAGCAGCAGCAACCGCUGCCACCACCACCGCUGCCAGCAGCCACAGGGCACCCACCCGGCUCCCCGUCAUCGACUGUUAUGAGCACAUUCUCACGCUCCUUAAAAACCCUUAUUAAGUAGGGCGCUUGCCCAGGCUUGUCCCCUCCCCAUCCACGGUCCCAGGUUUGAGCUUUGUGGUCUUUGCAUCUCGUGGUGAUUGUGUGUUUCUGCUGGGCCAGUCAGGGUCCAAGAGCCUAUCAGUCUCCAAGGCUAACCCCUAGACUGGGCUCUUUAUUAAGGGCUGCAGGCUUAGCUGCCGCCCUGGGUGUCCUCACCCCUUCUUGGCCUCUGGGCGUCACUGUGAGGGCAAAGGUCCCUUGCCAUUAUGCCCACCACAGAGCUGUAUUUUAUCUAUCUCUACUCUGGGGCUGAUAGGUGACAUCAAGUUCACCUCCUGCUCUGAGUUGGGCACCGGGGGAGCCAGGACCUCGAGCUCCUCCUAGCAUCUGCUGCCCCAAGGAGGGCAGUAGCAGUAGCGGUAGGCCAUAGCGCCAAGGCAAGGAGAGAGGGCGCUCCUUCCAGAUGCGCCCACCCACCAGGGGCUCCCUUGUACCUGGCAGGAGCCACCUCAAGGGCCAAUGCCCAGGUUGGAUAUGCGCAGAAUACAGCCAUGUCCGGCUGUCAGGGGCUGGCUCAACCAGUUGGCAGCCUUGGGAGCCCUUGCCCCCAGGUUCAGUAGCUCCACACCAGCCAUCCCCAAAGUGCCCUGCCCCUUACUGAUGGGCAGGGCAGCUCAGUCCACUAGGGAGCAAGCCUCUGAGAUCACGUGUUUUGGGUAAGGUACCUGGUGAAAAUGUCUGCUCUGGGAAGACCCAGCGCAGGUAUCAGAGCCUGCCCGGUUCAGUCCAGCCCUGUGCAGGAGCUGUUGCCAGAGGCAUGGGCUCCUCUCUCAACAUCUCUACCAGAUAGACUGUCUUUAGGAGUUCGAUGUAGCUAUGGAUUGGGAUGGGGGGUGGGGGGAGGGGGGAGGGGUGGGGGUGUUGAUGACUAUAUCUUAAACUUCUGGAAGCUAGCGUGAUAUGUUAAUCCUGAGUAUAUGCUUUUGGCUGUGUAUUGACCCUGUGGAUUUGUCUCUCUAAGAAAAGAAGCUGAGCGCCUUACCCGGUGCAGUCCUGCACCUCUCUCCCUCUCUGGAACCAUCUGGAAGGGAAUUCACACUGUUUAGCAUCCUCUUUGACACUCAUGUAUUGCCGCUGCUACCACCACCACCACCACCACCACCACCACCACCGUCACUGUCACCGCUGUCACCGCUGCCACCGCUGCCGCCGCUGCUGCCACUGCUGCCAUCACCACCACCACCCCUUCCCCAGCCCUUCUGGGAGUGAAGACACGGAGUCCCCUACAGUUAUCCCACUGUAGGGAACAAAGAAAGCCAAUGUUUCUUCUGUAUAGAUUGCUUCUUGUCCACUUCUCCAUAGCUGCUUGUUUCCCACACCCUCCCAGCCAGCGUUGGUCUCUUUUUCAUCACUGUGUGAGAGGCCUGUGUGAAAUCUCUCGUUCUUAUGUGAGUUUUAUAAGAUGUACACUGUGCAGAGCCCCUGCCUAUCCUUGGUGAUCCUAAGCGCAAUAAAGCCUCCUGAGUGGCAAGGUCUCCCAGCAAGGAGGAGGGGUAUCCUUCUACAGAAGCCAGCCCCCCUUCCUUGCCUCUCCUCCCACAGGACCAAGAUGUUUAAUGGGCCAGAGAUGCAGCCAGUGGGGAACCCUUUCCCCCACGACCACUGCCCUCAGAAUGUUGGCAUGGUCUUCCUCUUCUCCCAACUUCUUGAUCCUACACCUUCGCCACUCAGACCCUGCCUGUUGUCAUUUCAUCGCUGUCAUUCACUCACCUCUCCCUCAGCCUCAUGGAGAGGAUACAUUUUCUAAUGUCUGUAUAUAGUAUAUAUACUACAUAAAUAUAUAAAUUAUAUAUUACACUAAUUUAUGUCUUGUUUUUCGAACAAGAAUGAUUAAAUCUAUUCAUCUUACUCUCCCAAUAA